AUGUUCUGGAAGCUUUCCCUGUCCUUGCUCCUGGUGGCCGUGCUGGUGAAAGCGGCGGGUGGCAGGAGGAACCGGCCUGCGGGAGCCAUCCCCUCGCCCUACAAGGACGGCAGCGCCAACAGCUCGGAGCGAUGGCAGCACCAGGCCAAGGAGGUGCUGGCCUCCAGCCAGGAGGCCCUGGUGGUCACCGAGCGCAAGUACCUUAAGAGCGACUGGUGCAAGACGCAGCCGCUGCGGCAGACGGUCAGCGAGGAGGGCUGCCGGAGCCGCACGGUGCUCAACCGCUUCUGCUACGGGCAGUGCAACUCCUUCUACAUCCCGCGCCACGGGAGGAAGCAGGAGGAGUCCUUCCAGUCCUGCGCCUUCUGCAAGCCCCAGCGCGUCGCCUCCGUCCUCGUGGAGCUCGAGUGCCCCGGGCUGGACCCUCCCUUCCGGCUCAAAAAGAUCCAGAAGGUGAAGCAGUGCAGGUGCAUGUCCGUGAACCUGAGCGACUCGGACAAGCAGUGAGCUCGUCCUGCCCGCCGGGUUGCGCGGAAGCCGCCCCGCGCCCGGCCUUGAACUCACGCACGCUGCCUGCCGGCCCCCCGCUCAGCAGCGAGCGCGUUCCGCGGGGCUGCUGGCGGCCUUGCCCUGAGCGAGGACCGCUGAGGUGCUCUUGACCCACCCUGGACCGCACGUGCGCCUCGCAGACCGGGCCGGGUUCCGGGCCUGAAGGAAGAUGCUGGAAAACCUAACCCCCCAGCAGCCCGAGGGGCGUCGAU